AUGGCAAGUCCUCUCGAGGAGCUUCUCACCGCUGCGGCGAAUGACCCCGACGGAGACGUGCAGCCCACGUAUGACUUUGUCGGGAACCUCUGUUACCGGACCAAAGGAGAAACGAACCGACCAGCUGGGCUCAAGAGCAUUCUAGAAGGGCUCUACUUAUCCAUCACGAGAGAAAAUUAUGGGCAUGCGGUAAGGUGGACCAAAGCCCUGGAGACCUGGAUAACUCUGGAACACAAUGUGCCGCGAAAAGUGCGUGCAGCGUUGGUCAAGAUAUACUACGACUUGGCCUUGACGCCCGGUAUGCUUGGCCCCCCGGCGCAAACGUUUUCCAACAUAGUUGCUAGCCUUGUCAGCACCGUCGAGGGCGAGGUCUGUCUCGUCCCAGGAAAAGAUCUCACCCUCGAUUGGCGGGCGCUUUUCGAACGACUGAAGCAUGAUCAUCUUUUUCCCUCCAACACCAUCUUGAAUCCCAUCGACUAUGACGGCCUCGCCAGUGUAGCGCGAUGGUUCUUCGAUCCAGGGGCUAGGCUGGCUGUAGCCGAGGAAGUUCUGCCCUACUUCGACACGGGUGAUUCUCAGUCCGCAGCUAGGACAUUCAGGAUGAUGGCGUUGAUGUCUUCGACGGAGCCUGCCCCGGAAGCGUCCUCGGACUGCCAGCCAUCCAGUCUUUUCCCGACGUACAUGUUUCUCUUUGCCAAGCUGUUCCGGACGCAAGCCGCCACCGCGGUUCUUUUCGACCUCUUGUGUCAACUCACCGGAAGUCACUUGGAAUGCAAACAUGUCCCCUUCGGGGCUUAUGGCAUUUUGGACGAGAUGCAAUCCCGCGAGAUGUUUGCCGCCGUCUCUCGACUGUCCAUGAUCGACGACAAGUAUUCCACCGAUUCUUUCGACGGCCCGUCUCUCCCUCUAAGCCGCCGGAUGAGGGCUGCCGAGGAUGCUGCUCAUUGGAUUGUUUACUCCCUCUCACCGUUGUGCUUGGAGAAGGAGAAUUCACUGCUGUCGAGCCUGGAAAGCCUCAUCUCAUCCAUUACCGUCUUGUACCAUCCCAAUGCCACCAUAUACGGGCCGAGGGACUUUAUUACCGAGCUUCUUUGGUCCCUCGCCCACGGCUUUUGCAGGCGAUACAAUAUGGAGCAGAGCGGGAAGCUAGCUACCCCGCCGGAACGGCGAAUCAACGACGAGUUGAAACAACAGUUUGUCCGUUUGCUGAGAGGGCCGAUUCUCUCGGGCUGUUUCUCCCUGUCCUGGGCCACCCGUGAAAACUGUUGCACGGCCGUCAAGCCGCUGGCCGAUCUCGAGCCAGGUCUCAUUGUCCCAACCGUGCUGCAACGCAUCUACGCCAGCCAUGACAGCCUUGUCGACGGCGACGCAGCAGAGUUUAGUAUAUGGCUCUUGGGGGUGCUCGGCAGCACGAUUGCACGGGAAAAGGGACUGCGAUGCCACCUGCCAAACCUGAUGAAUCUCGCCCUAUCCGGCAUCAACGCCAGCCGCCCGAGUCUGACGAAGGCGAGCUGCAAGUUUAUUCGGCUUGUGGCUUGCGACCCCCCGCCGCCCCAUAUCCGAUUCGCGAAGCCGGGCAUGUCCAAGGAUCCUGCUGUGGCCCAAGCCUGGAUCGCGGGUGACAUCAAGUGCCUGAACGACGGGGGUUCGGUCAUCGACCUGGACGGCCGCAGACAGCUCGGCGACGAGGAGGAGAUCGACAUCCUUCGGUCCGCCCUUAGCAGUGUCGAAGAUUUCAUCUUGCGGUUGCUGGAACGCGUGUUCAAGUUCGCGUCCGACGCCUUUCGUUCCGAUUUCGAGGCCGAGUACGCCACUGAAACAGAAUACCACGAGGCCGAGGUAGAUGUGAUCUGGGCGGCGCAGGCUUGCUUUAUGUCGCUGCAGCCCGAGAUGCUCGAAGAAGCCAUGUUGCUUCUGAGCAAGCAUGUCUCAUCAGAUCCGAUUCCCAAAGCCGAGGACUUGAUCGGAGCCGUUGUCAUGUAUGCUGUUCAAGCCAACCCAAAGAGAGGCCUCCAGAUAUUUGUGCCCAUGCUGGUCGGUCAUGUCCAUGACAGAAUCGAAGAACGCUGGAUCGAGCCGAGAGCCAACCGCUCCGAUAUUUUGUCUGCGGAUGAGACCCUGAGAUAUUACGUCGAGGUCCUCGGCCGCUGUCUCAUGGAGAGCGGGUCCGAGGUUCUUCUCUACCACGAGCAGGUGCUGAACCUCACCACCUUUGCAAGGGACAACUGUGGACCACCCGCAUAUGGCCUCUGCGCGAGGCUGACCAACCUUUUGAUAACCGGCUUGACGGAGACCUAUCCGACCACGUGUGCGGUCACUUAUGAUAGCCAGGGUGAGGUGGCUACGAAGGCUGUCGCAUGGCACACGCCCGCACCCGGCGAGAUUCAAGCGGUCUUCAAAGUGUUCGAAUCGGAAACAAUCUGGCUUGAACAAGGAAUACAUGCCCUGAUGGCAAAUUACCCUUCUUCGUCCAAGGAGCGUGGGUCUUGGGCCCGAAGCCUCGCCCAGGCCGUAAGGUACCUAAGCAGCAUGAUUUGCGCCAUGGCGACCGUGUUCGACCCCGGCCACAUAGCUGCCGGCGGUAACUGCGACAACCCCUGCGAUGAGGACGCCAAAGACGACGCCGCGUAUGUCGCAGCGCAUGUGCAAGAGUUCCAUCGCGUGCUGGAGCCCCAUGACCCUCUCUAUGACCGUGUUCACCAGCGGCGGUGCGAAAUCGGGUUGCUCGCCAGCAAGAUCCACGCCUACCUCCUCGGCCACGAGGGAGAGCACGUCGACUGCUUGCGCGGCGUAUAUAGCCUCGGCAUUACCUUGAUUACCCACGUCGGGUAUUGCCAUAUACAUCAGGACACAAGCCGGUGCCGCAAGAACUACGCACGCUUGGCGAGGUGCUUGAAUGUCAGGGGACGUGCGCCAUUGCAUCCGCCGGCCAUCUGUGUCAUGCUCAUGGAACGCUACCAUGCAGAGCUCCAGUCUUUCGGAACUCAGUACCGCCACAUGGGUGAUCUCGAGAGGCGGUUGCUCGAGGACGCGACAGAAGGAUGCAGCUCCCCUUACGAGGAUGUCCGCCAAGCGGGGCAAGAUCUCGUUCUCGUGUCGAUCCAGAUGCUGGCAGGUUCCGCCAAGUUCUUUCUUCCUCUGAUGCUAGCCAAAGUGCGCGAUCUAAUCAAGAGCGAGAACCACCGUGGGAUCGAAGGCGUGGUGGAGACGCUUGUCUGGGGGACCGAGCUGUGGCGGCAGCAUUGUCCCUCCCAAAUUCCCGAUCUGCUCGGCAUUCUAACAGAAACAGCCGCCAUGGAUGUGCCCAAAGUGGCCCGUAUUGCUGUUCUGGCAAAACAGGGCAUCGAAACCCUGGGUCGCCCCAACUUCCGUGGACGGACCGUUUUCCCCAGGGACGGCAUCGCGGAAACCAUCCGGCCGGCCGGGGACUUUUCAGACUUGGUCCUGAGGGCGCACCAGUUCCAGCGUAAGGAGAAGGACGAGGCGCUGCAGAAGAUGGAGGACCUCGGAGUCGACUUGCUGAGAAACAAGACGGACCCGUGGCUCUGCAUCCUCUCCACCCGCGCCCUGAUCCGUCCGAGCUUCGAUCCGCCUCCGGUCGAGCUCCUCUCCUUUCUCGCAGACAAUGCUGUCGCGGCAGACGCAAAACUUCGUCGCCCGUGCAUAGAUAUGCUCAGUGAGGUAGGGACCAUGUUCCUAGAAGGGAUACGCUUUGGUCACGACCUUGAAGACUUCAUCCGCACGCAGGGCUGCAGAGUAGACGACCUAGUCCAAGUCGUCCCAAACCGGGAUAUGGUGUGUGCGGAGCGAUACCUGACCAGGUAUGCAAUGCUCGGCGACGGCGAUGACGAUGAUGAUGGUGACGGCGUCUUUAUCGACCCUACCUUCUAUGGGUCGCUCGUGUGGCCGGCUCAGCUCCACGCGUGGCGCAAAGACACGAAAUUGCCAGACGACGACCGAGAGAGAGCGCGAAGGGCUGAGUGUAUCGGAUCUCUCUUCACCAAAGAAUGGUUCCAGAAGUUCCUAUCUCAGUUGAAGCUGGAAGAAGAGCCCUGGGAGGGAGAUAAGAACGGCCAAAUGCCCAAGAUCUGGAUAGCCAACUGUGUACUCCUGACCCUUGUCUUCCAGCUCAUGGAACUUGGGGCGACGUCUGCUGAGCUCGAGGACGUGGGAGAUCUCGUCAAGACGGUCCUCGAGGACGGCACACAGAUUGGCCACCAUAUUGCGGCAGCGACCUUGCUUCUCGGCCUCCUGUGGUCCCCGAGGUCCCGCGCCUUCCGGAGCCGCGUAUUGAAGACGGUGGAGCCCUUGUUGAUCGACAUCCUGGAGCACAAGAUGUCCCUGGCCCCGGGGACGUGGGCCUCGUUUCUGCACUGUCUCAUCAAAGAUCACGACCCACGGCGGAAUCCAGGGUUGGUGCGGUAUGUCAGUUCCCUCCAGCUGGAUGUCGGGGACGCGGCGCCUAAAAACAAGGCGAAGCUCGAUACGAUCAGGGCUGUGCUUCGUCAUCAGGGGUGGCGGUUCCGCCGAGACGAUCAUAUCUUAUCCAUGCUGCUCCGCGCGAAGGAUGUCAUUACGAACGCGGAAGUCUCUACCGCACUCGGCACAACGUUGGCGCUCAUCUAUACCCCGAGAUUCUGCGAGUCGUGGGCCGACGUCCGCACCAUGGUCGCUGCAAACCGAGACGCGUCGCCCUUCGGCGUCCGCCCGUAUGAACCCAGGGCCGAGAUACGGGAUACGGUAACCAAAAUAUUCGAGAGGGUUGCCGCGCUGCGACAACAGGAGCCUAUCCCGCAUCGCGAAUACCAGAGCGCAGCGUCGGUGGCGCUAGCUUUCGUCGUUGGCAUGUUCCAAACCAACGCGUCAGGCGUGUUCGUCCACAUGGUUGAUCUGAUCCUCGAGGAUCUCUUUCUCAUGCUGGAUGCAAAACUCCCGGAAAAGACGGGGCUGGGAGUGCGCGCAACCUCGGCGCUGAAGAAGCUGUGCCGUCUCCCGUUUCGCGGGGACGAGCCCACGGCUUUCUGGAAAGCUCUUGUGAAAAAGGCUGGACAAUGCGAGCCGAUCACCCACCGCAAAGCCGCCAUGAGCAUGAUGGGCGAGCUGUACCUCCGGCGACUAUUCACCAGCACGCCGGACGAACAGAGGGGCGCUCUCCAGGCCGUGAGCGAUAAGAUCCAAGAUUCGGAUUCACAGAUCCAUACCCAAGCCGCAGAAACCCUGAAGCACCUGCUCUCUCGCAGUCAGCUCAGCGUGACGGAACCCAUCAUUACAGACCUCGUCGACAAUAGCAUCGAGACUCUGAAAACCACAGCAAUCAAACCCGGUUUGCGUUUGGCCGCAGUCUGGAGGUUGAGCGCCACGGUCUCGGCAUACCCCCAGCUAAUCGAAACGCCGGCAUGGAUGGAGAAGGCGAUGACGAGUCUCGUUCAGGAGGCCCAGCGGUUCAGCAGCCUCUCGACCAAUGUCGCCAGUACCACGGUACGGGAUUUCAAGGAGGCCAAGCGGACACAAUGGGAAAUGGUGACGAAGCGUUUACCGGAACAACUCGUGCUCGAAAUGCAGGAAAUGACGGGACCGUCCUACUACGCCUAG